CUUUGAAACAGGAUCUUGCUAAGUUGCUGAGGUUUGCCUUGACUUCAUGAUCCUCCAGCCUCUCAAUCCCACCCUGGGAUUAUAGGCUUGUGUCACCAUGUCUGAUUAAGAUCAGUUUUUCACAUUAGAGGCUGCCUUUUCCCUCACAUCUGAGCUUUUUCUUUUACCUUCUCUAUUUUUCUUUUCUUUCUUCUUUCCUCUCCCUCCUUCCUUUGCCUUUUUUUUUCUUCAAUGGAUUUGACAUUUUAUUUUAGUUAAAUUCAUCCUUCUCUGUCUUUAGAGUAUCAGAAGACCAAAGUUUGACCCGAUCUUAUGGAAAGAUAUUUGUGAUUCUUCGUUGCUUUCCCUCAUGAUAUUCCUUUCCUUGUGUGCAGGAUACUCAGUACUCACACCCAAUCUGAUCUCCCAGUGGAAACAAGAGGAGGAACUGCAGACAGUGAACACAGAACUUAUCCAGGGCAUCUGUACGGAGCAGCACCAGGAAGGAAUUGAGUCUCUACUUAAUACUAAGGAAUUAGUUGCUCUUCAAGACAACAAUGGAGAAAAACCAUAUGAAUGUAAGGAAUGUGUAAAGGCCUUCAGUUGUUCCUCCAUGUUCAGAGCACAUAUGAAAAUUCAUAGUAAAAAGGCAAACUAUGAAUGUAAGGAAUGUGGGAAAACCUUCAGUUGUCCCUCUUCCUUUAAAGCACACGUGAGAGAUCACAAUGGUAAGGUGCAAUAUGAAUGUAAGGAGUGUGGGAAGGCCUAUAGUCAUUCCUCAUCCCUCACUGAACACCUAAGAACUCACAGUGGAGAAAAGCCUUAUGAGUGUAAGGAAUGUGGGAAGGCAUUUCGACAUUCUUCAUCCCUUACAAUACAUGCAAGACUGCAUACUGGAGAAAAACCCUUUGAAUGUCUGGAGUGUGGAAGAACUUUCCGUACUCCCUCAUCCUUUGGGAUACAUGUGAGAAGCCAUACUGGAGAGAAACCAUAUGAAUGUAAGGAAUGCGGGAAAACCUUCAGUAGUUCUUCCCAUCUUACAGUACAUAGAAGAACUCACACUGGAGAGAAACCUUAUGAAUGUAAAAAAUGUGGGAAAGCCUUUAUUCGUUGGUCAGGUCUUAGUAGCCACUUGAGAACUCACACUGAGGAAAAACCCUAUGAAUGUAAGGAAUGUGGGAAGGCAUUUCGACAUUCUUCAUACCUUACUAUACAUGCAAGAAUGCACACUGGAGAAAAACCCUUUGAAUGUCUGGAGUGUGGAAGAGCUUUCAGUUCUGCCUCAUCCUUUCGGAGACAUGUGAGAAUCCAUACUGGAGAUAAACCAUAUGAAUGUAAGGAAUGUGGGAAAGCCUUCAUUAGUUCUUACUAUCUUACAGUGCAUAGAAGAACUCACACUGGAGAGAAACCUUAUGAAUGUAAAAAAUGUGGGAAAGCCUUUAUUCGUUUCUCAGCUCUUAGUAUCCACGUGAGAUCCCACACUGAGGAAAAACCCUAUAAAUGUAAGGAAUGUGGGAAGGCAUUUCGACAUUCUUCAUCCCUUACUAUACAUGCAAGACUGCACACCGGAGAAAAACCCUUUGAAUGUCUAGAGUGUGGAAGAGCUUUCAGUUCUCCCUCAUCCUUUGGGAUUCAUGUUAGAAGCCAUACUGGAGAGAAACCAUAUGAAUGUAAGGAAUGUGGGAAAGCCUUCAGUAGUUCUUCCCAUCUUACAGUGCAUAGAAGAACUCACACUGGAGAGAAACCUUAUGAAUGUAAAAAAUGUGGGAAAGCCUUUGUUUGUUUCUCAGCUCUUAGUAUCCAUAUGAGAACCCACACUGAAGGAAAACCCUAUGAAUGUAAGGAAUGUGGGAAGGCAUUUCGACAUUCUUCAUCCCUGACUAUGCAUGCUAGAAUGCACACUUGAGAAAAACCCUUUGAAUGUCUAGAGUGUGGAAGAGCUUUCAGUUCCCCCUCAUCCUUUGGGAUACAUGUGAUUAGCCAUACUGGAGGAAAACCAUAUUAAUGUAAGGAAUGUGUCAAGCCUUUAUUUGUACAGCCUACUCUCGAAGAUGAAAAUUCACACAAGGGACAACAUAUAAAUGUAAGGAGUAAGGGAAUCUCUGCAAGAGUUUUUCUGAACUAAUGCAGUUUGUGAAGUCUCAUUUUGUGAAGUCUCAUACUGUAGAGACAUUAUAAAUGUGAGAAAGUAGGAGAUUAUCACUAAUUCUUUUGAAUGGUUCAGGACAACUGAGAGAAACCCUGUGUUUGUAAGGUAUAUGGUAAAGCCUUUUGAUUUUGAACAUACCUUGUGCCGCAGUCUGGCUGGGCUGUGCAAAGUAGCCGGUGGUGCGGGGGCGACAAGCAACUUGUGAAGGUGGAAACAGCGGGAGGUAUAUAUACCCAAGUAAAUACAGACAGCUUAUCUCAAUUAACAUCAUCCAGUUACAGCAAUCAGUCAUUAAGGAAUCUUCACCAUCUUAGUAAUUAGACACAGCUUAACUCAAUUAACAUCAUCUAGAUACAGCAGUCAGUCAUUAAGGAAUCCUCAUCCUCUUAAUAGCUCGCUGGUGUUACUUCUCAAACCACUCCUCCUGGCAAAGUGUCAGGUGCCAUCUUGACUUGCCUUUGCUCUCAACACUUGUAUAAGAAAAUUCAAAAUUUGAGCUAGAAAAGAAGAUCAGUGCCUCAUUAAAGUGGACUUCUAGAUUGUCAUUGAUUUCCAAUGUUUUCUAAUAGGAAGAUUUAAGGUUGUAUUUUUCCCUUUUCAGCUUUUAUGACAUACUUUUGAGUAUGAUGUGAGUUUCUUUAGCUGAGAUGUAAAUGCUAUUUCCAUUAUGAAGUCUUUUGGACUGUUGGGAGAUUGUGUGUGUACGUGUGUGUAUGCUUCUCCUCUGAGACAGGGUCCAGACCUGUAACUCCUGGACUUCUGCCUUAGCCCCCUAAGUUUGGGAGUACAAGCAUAUAUCAUUGAGUCUGGCUCAAAUGCAUUUUUUUUUUUUUUUUUUUGGCAGGCAGGAAAAUGGUGGGGUUUUUUUUUUUUAAUUGUUUAAGUUUGAACUCACAGCAUGGGCACCUUCUUCUUCUUCUUCUUCUUCUUCUUCUUCUUCGUCUUCGUCUUUGUCUUCACCUUCUUCUUCUUCGUCUUCGUCUUAGUCUUUUCCUUCGUCUUAGUCUUUUCCUUCGCCUUUGUCUGGAUACUGAAAGUUGCAUACCCAAUAAUUCCCCCCUUCCAAUUAAACUAAGAGUACCAACUGUUUUUGAGAGUAUUAGUAUUUACUAUCAAAAGCUUUUCAUGUGUAAUAAAAAAGUUUUAGUAAAAUUAAUUAGUACAAAGGCCUUGAAAGAGUAUUGUCUCAUGUAUUUGCUGUUUUGUGUUUUAUUCUUUAUGUUUGUUCAUGACUGGAAUCUUUUUUAAUUUAAAUUUUUUAAGUUGUUGAUGGAUCUUUAUUUUAUUUACUUAUAUGUAGUGCUGAGAAUCGAACCCAGUGUCUCAUAUACACUAGGUAAGUACUUAACUACUGAGCUACAACCCCAGCCCUCAUGGCUGGAAUUUUGAUCUAAUGUUUUAAGUUAAUAAUGUGUGUUAUAUUAAUUUGGAUAUAGCUCAGGACUACAUUUCCCUUUAUCACUUCUAAUCCUAGGUGAUAGUUUUCUAAAAUAACUUUGCAAGAAGUUUGAAAGGCUUUAGGGAAGGAGCUACAAUUGCCUGCUUAUUAGGACCACUAUAUAGGUAGACCAAUGAGUAGAGACCUUGUGGGCCCCAGUUUUCAGCUUAUUUUUCUGAGUAUUGAAGGCCCUGAUCCAUCCUUGCUCAAAACUGAAUGUUAAGUGCUUGACCUCAGUCUCCUCAGGGGCUGCACCUCCACAAACAUCUCCAUUAACUCCUGUAUCCUGGCCAAACACAACUUAGAUUUCUCUGGCAAGCUCUGGUGUUGCCAUUUUGGCAUUUUUGCUUCUCAUUGCACUUCCUCUGGCACUUUCACUGCCCUGUUAGAGUUGACCAGUUUGCAGAAGGAUUGUCAUCAUGCUCACAGUCCAGUCCCAUCCUUCACUCUGCUUAUGGGAUUGAUGUCUAUACAAGCCUACCAUGGUCCCAAAAGUGAGUAGACCUAUGGCUAAUGAAGUUAUCCUGACUGUAAUAUAGGCAAGCCUCGGAUAGGUGUCAUCCUAUUUUGGUAGAGGAGGAUUUAUAUUUGAUACCUUCAGACAGGGAAGAUUUUACUGCCUUUAUGUGAGAAGAGGAAUGCUAUGGGCUGUUUCAGGUACAUUUUGCUACCUCUUCCCCUUUUUAAAAACAUUGUAUUUUAAGGGGUGGUUCUGUGGCUCAGUGGUAGAGAAUUUGCCUAGCAUGUGUUUGAUUCUCAGCAUGGCAUAUAAACAAAUGAAUAAAAGGAAGGUCUAUUAACAACUAAAAAUUUUUUAAAAAAUUAUAUUUUAUCUCUUAAAAGCAUAACUAUAGCAUUUCCCUUAAUCACUUUUUACUGUUUAUCAAGGUAUACAUACACUAAUGUGCAAGCUGUGUACAGCUUGAUGUAAUUUCCCAUAGAUGUAUAAAUCCUGGUGGACACAUUUCCAGGAUUCCAGGAAAUUCAUUUAUCUCUUUCUCAAUAAUCUCUCCACAGAGGAAAUUGGAUUUUGACUCUUAUUACGCUUGAUUUGGUGUGCUUUUUCUGACUUUUCAAGUAAAUGUUAAAACUACAACAUGUACUGUGACAUGUUUGGCUUCUUUUACUCAACAUAAUGUCUGGUUUGUCAGUUGGUCUUAUUUCUCUUGGUAUAUGCUAUAUGUGGGGAAUGCAAUUACUGAAUGAUAGGGUAGACUUCAAGUGUAGUUUUGGUAGAUACUUUAGAUUUUCAAAAAUGUUGGUUCCACCAGUAAGUCCCCAACAGUGCAUGUGAGUGUUGGCUAUUCUGCAUACUGUGCCCACACUUUCUAACUUUAGCUUUUCAGCAGAGUGUGUGGUGGUAUGUUUUUUUGUUGUUGUUGUUGUUGAAAUAUGCAUUUUCCUGAUAUGUCAUGAUUUUGGGUACUUUUUGGUGUGCUUAUUGGUUAUUUGUAUAUCUUUAUUAGGCUACCUUGUGAAGCAUUUCACCUAUUUUUCUUUUCUUUUUUUCUUUUGAAGUGUUUCCUUGCUGCUAAAAAGUCCUUGGCUGUAACUAAGCUUCAAUCUAGAUCCUGAGGCUAAAAGAUGUGCAUUUAUCUGUCUCCAUGUCUUGGCUGUGCAUCCUUUUGCAUUGUCUUUUCUUCCAGCUGGGAUGUUUUCUUCACAGUAGGCUUCAGAAGUUCUGUGCUGCUUUCCUCCCAAGAUAAUGCUUCAGGGAGAAGAGUGACAUCUUUUUUGAACAGUUCCAAUAUAAUCAUCAAAAUGAAUCUGAGGAAGGGAGGGGGGAUACUUGAACAACUAAUAAUAAAAAAAUGAAAUCUGAUUAAUGGCUUAUUUUGUCCACCAUGGCUAGGGGAAUGUUAAUACUCUGAUUUGUUUAGGACCAACUCCCAGUUUCUCAUUGAGAAACUGAGGUUAGAAUUUGUUCCCCAAAUCAUAGAACCCUGGUAGUUAUGAUGCACACGGAGAGGAGAGAGUGGAAGCUGUGAGCAGGUGGGGCUCAAACUAGGGGCAAUAUUGCAUCUUAUGCUGACUUCGGGAAAUACAAAGUCUGGGAACUUACCCAGUGUUUGUUAGUUCCUAGAAAUUGUUUUUGAAUGUUAGAUGCCAUAUGACUUUUUAGAUUGCUAAAAAUUGCUCUCACUCUUUACAGAACAUAAAAAUAAGUAGAGAUCUGAGUAUUCUUUAUGAGUAUUUGCCUAGACCAAGAUACUGAAUAUAUUUUAUGUUUUCUUUAGGACCUUUCAUUGUUUGACUUCUUGCAUUCAGGUUCGUCAUCCAUUUCAAGUAUUUUUUUGUUUGAUAGGGUGUGAGGUAGGAUGCAGAUGUAUAUAUAUGUACAGAUUUAUCCACUAGAUCAUGUUUUCCCUUAGCUUACGUAAGCAAUCUAUGUCUUUUGGUUUGUUUGUCUUUCCUUGGAAAAGCACCAUACUAUCUUAAUUUGUAUUGCUUUGUAGUAUUUUUGGAAAUCUAGUAAUAAAUUCUCAUUUUAGAGUUUAUUAAUUUUUAUAAAAAUAUUCAGGGUCCAUUUUAUAGAAUAACUUAAGAAAAAUUGAGAACUUAAGACAGAAUUGCAUCUUUCAAUUAAUGAACAUGAUGCAACAAUCCAUUUACCUAGGUUGUCUUUAACUGUUCUGAAGGUGUUCUGUAGCUUAAUUGUAGAGGUCUUGAAUGCCUUUGUUUAAUUUAUUUCUAGGUAUGUGGUGUGUUUUGCUUUGUAAAUUUUUUUUAUUUUUGGAUUAGUACAUACCUUUUUUAUUUUUAAUUUUUGGAUUAGUACAUACCUUUGCAAUAUCUUUUUCUUACAUCAGCUUUAUAGCUUGUGACAUAAAUUUAACUCACUCAAGUAAUU